AUGGCUGCAGACAACGAAACCGCCCCGGCGACGGCUGUGGCCCCUCCGAAGCCGCAUGGCAUGCGAGUCAAUGGAAAGAAAUGGCUCCCGACCAAGAAGGCCUUCCGACCAAGCGCUGGUCUGUCAUCAUUUGCCAAGCGCGCCAAGGAGCGCGUAUUGUUGGACCAGGUGAAGGCUAAGGAGAAGGAGAUGAAGGAUGAGAAGGAGCAGGAGCGCCAGAGGAAGAUAGAUUUCAUCCGGGAGAAGAGAGCAAAGAAGGAAGAGAAGGAGCGAUAUGAAAAGAUGGCCGAGAAGAUGCAUCGCAAGCGUGUGGAACGAUUGAAGCGGAAGGAGAAGCGCAACAAGCUGAUUAACUCCUGA